AUGAAAGCUACAACCAUCUCUAGACUAGAACUAUGUGGUGCAGUGUUGCUGGCGGAACUGUUGCUAGAGGUAAAAAAUGAACUCAGUUGUUCAGGCAUACAAUUCAGUAUAAACGAAAUUUUACUAUGGACUGAUUCAUCAAUUGUUUUGGCUUGGCUAAAAAAUGAAGUCCCUUUACUAUCAUUCGUAGCAAACAGAGUUGCUCGAAUAUUAGACAUUACAGAUAAUGUUCAAUGGCGCCAUGUUAUUUCUAAGGAAAAUCCUGCCGAUCAAAUAACAAGAAGUAUACAUCCUGCUGCGCUGCCUUCAUUGUCAAUUUGGUGGAACGGACCAUCCUGGUUACUUUUGGAAAGUGAUUCAUGGCCAGGCAUUCCAGAGCUACCAUCAGAAAUCCCUGAAGUUCGUCCAGUAAAAUUAGUGCUGGCUACAGCUCAUUCAUCCGAUUCCUGGUUGCUGAACAAAUAUUCGAGUUACAUGCAACUUCUACGUAUAACUGCCUUAGUCCAACGAUUCGUACACAAUUGUACAAUACAGAGGAAACUCAUAGAUCAACGUACGACAGGUGCAUUGACUGCACAUGACCUCAAAGGUUCUAGAGAGUUUUGGAUUCGCAAAAUUCAGGCUGAAGCUUAUCCCUCGGAACUAAAGGCUCUAAAUUCAAACUUACCCAUUCAUCGGUCAAGCUGUCUGUUAAAGCUAAAUCCAUUUGUAGACGGUAUUGGUAUUUUGCGUGUGGGAGGCCGCUUAGCGUAUGCACCAAUACAUGACAAUACAAAGUUUCCAAUUGUAUUGCCGCCCUCUUCAACUUUCACAAGAUUAUAUUUCAAAUAUGAACACCUGAGACUAUUGCAUGUUGGUCCACAAGCAUUGUUCUCACACAUACAAGUUAAUUACUGGCCCAUCCGUGGACGAAGUCUUGCCAGUCGAACCGUGCAUCAAUGCAUUCAAUGUUUCCGAACCAAUCCAAAAUUAAUGACGCCUUUCAUGGCUCCCCUACCUCGGCAACGUACCACUAUUGAAAGACCGUUUUCUCAAUGUGGAGUAGAUUUCUGCGGGGCAAUAAUGAUUCGAAGUGGUAUCCGUCGUGUAAAGACUGAAAAGGCAUAUAUAUCGGUAUUUGUGUGUUUAGUCACACGUGCAAUUCAUUUGGAAUUAGUGUCAUCUUUGACUGCCGAUGCGUUUCUAGCCACGCUAACUAGAUUCAUGUCUCGCCGAGGACAAUGUAGUAACCUUUUCAGCGAUAAUGGCACAAAUUUUGUUGGUGCAAAUCGCAAACUCAUGUCUCAGUUUGAGGAAAUUGCCAAGACUCAUGCAACAUCAUCAUAUUUAUCUGAAAAAUCUAUGCAAUGGCAUUUCAUUCCACCCUCAGCACCUCAUUUUGGAGGCCUGUGGGAAGCUGCGGUUAAGUCUUCUAAACAACUCCUGACAAAACUAUCACUAAGUGCAACAUUUACAUUUGAAGAAGCUACAACGUUGCUGUGUGGAAUAGAAGGAGUUUUAAAUUCUAGACCCAUGACUCCGUUAUCCAAUGACCCAUCAGACUAUCAAGCGCUAACACCUGCUCAUUUUUUGAUUGGUGGAGUUAUCACAUUACCACCUGAAGCAGAUUCAUCCACAACCCCGAUAUCUAGACUUAAACGUUUUGCAUUGGUACAAUCUUGCAUUCAACAGUUUUGGAAGAGAUGGUCCCGGGAGUACCUUCCUCAAUUACAACGCCGAGGUCGCUGGAUAAAGGUAACUCGAAAUAUGAGAGUAGGUGACUUAUGUCUUCUCCGACAGGAAAAUCUUCCUCCUACAAGAUGGGCUCUGGUCAGGGUUCAAGAUGUUCAUCUCGGUCCUGAUGGCACCGUUCGAGUGGUCACGUUACGCAAUUCCUCUGGCAACACUUUCAAACGUCCGGUGGUGAAACUUUCUUUGCUACCAAGUUAA